UCCCCAAUUGUUAGCAAAGAAAGUAUGCAUGAUUGCUGAAGAAAGCCUCCCACCGACCUUAAGGCCACUGCAACAGCACCUCUUUUACCUGCUGCACAACUGCUGCAAAUCGAUCAAACAUCUCGCUCAAAUCCAUGCGCACAUCACCACCAAUGGAUUCACCCACAAAAACUUCCUUCUCGUCAAGUUAUUGGCCCUCUACACAACCUUCAACAAUUUCCCAAUCGCCCACCAACUGUUCGACCAAAUGCCGAGCCCCAGUUCCGCGCUCUGGAACCAAAUCAUCCGCGGCUAUCAGCUUAAUGGAAGCCCCCGUAGGUCGGUGGAGCUUUUCAACGACAUGGGGCGGCGUUCUUCACCGCCACCCGAUGAGCACACCUAUACAUUUGUUGUGAACGGCUGCGCGAAAGGGGGACUGCUGGGGGAGGGAAUGCAGGUGCACGGGAAGGUGUUGAAGAGCGGAUUUAGCUCGAAUCUAUACGUUCAGAGCAGUUUGGUUGAUUUUUAUGUCAAGAAUGGUGGAGGAGGAACAGAGGGAGUUGGUAAAGCAAAGAAAGUAUUCGAUGAAAUGUCUCUAAGGAGCAUUGUCACUUGGAAUUCCUUGCUUUUGGGGAGUUUUAGGUGUGGAGAUGUCAAUGGGGCGAUGGCGAUCUUUGAUGAUAUGCCAGAGAGGAAUGUGGUAUCGUGGACUACAAUGAUUGCUGGAUGCGCGCAAAAUGGGAGAUCAAAGGAAGCCUUAGCAUUAUUCCGCGAGAUGCAGAGGGAAAAUGUUGAGUUUGAUCAGGUGACUUUGGUUGCAGUGCUCUCUGCUUGUGCUGAAUUGGGUGAUCUUCAUUUAGGGAAAUGGAUUCACUCUUAUGUUUUCGAGCAUUUCACUUACUCCAAGAAGCCAGUUCUUGUCACAUUGAAGAAUUCAUUGGUUUAUAUGUAUGCAAGCUGUGGUGAAAUCGAUGCAGCAUUUGCUGUUUUCAAAGGGAUGGAGCAGAGGACGGCCGUUUCUUGGACUAGUAUGAUCACUGGCUUUGCUAAACACGGUUAUGGCAAUGAGGCUCUCGCAGUGUUUGAAUGGAUGCAGAACGCUCGGUCUAGAGAUGCUAGGCCAGAUGAGAUCACGUUCCUAGGUGUCUUAUGUGCCUGCAGCCAUGCUGGCUAUGUCGACAAGGGGCGCCAUUACUUCAAGAGCAUGGUCGAAGACUGGGGGAUCAAGCCAAGGAUCGAGCACUUCGGGUGCAUGGUUGAUCUGCUAAGCCGUGCUGGAUUGCUUGAUGAGGCUCAUGAGAUAGUGAGGUCCAUGCCUAUGAAGCCUAAUGACGUCGUGUGGGGCGCCCUUCUUGGAGGUUGCCGGAUACACAAGAGUGUCGAGCUUGCCUCUGAUGUGACAGAGCUGCUGACCGAGGGGCUUGAAGCGGAUAAGGCAGCUGGAUACUUUGUGCUGCUUUCGAAUGUGUAUGCUGCGGCUGAGAAGUGGGAGGAUGUGGUGGCCGUGAGGAGGAAAAUGCUCGAAGAGAAAACAAGGAAGCCUCCCGGGCGGAGCUGGAUUCAGAUUGAAGGGAGUGUGUAUGAGUUUAUGGCUGGCGAUAGAUCUCAUGAGAUGGCUAGUUUGAUAUAUGAUGUUCUUGAUGAUAUCACUAGGGAAGCUAGGUCUCAUGGGUAUAUUACAUUUUGUGAUGGUUAGGAAUUGAGAUGAGUGAGUUUUCUUGAAAUUAAAUUGUUAAACUCUUGUUUGAUUCUUGACUA